GUGUACCAAUCAGAGGCUCGUCCUGAACGCGUGUGUUUUCAAAAGUGCAGUAACUGACGCGGGAAUGUUUACAGCCAUACAUGCCUAAACCAGACAUUUAAACUGAGUUCGGCUGUAAUGGAGGGUGAGAUGAUCGGACCCGGACCGUACAGGGCGACCAAACUGUGGAAUGAGACGGUCCGGUUGUUCCGCUCCGGGAUGCCGGUCCGCCGCCGCUGGUCCCGCUUCCGCAGUUACGAGCGCUGUUUCUCGGGUUCGGAGGCGCUGGAUUUCCUCCAUCAGCUGCUGCAGCAGAACCAGAACUUCGGGCCGGAGGUGUCGCGCCAGCAGACGCUGCAGCUGCUGAGCAAAUUCCUGAAGAACCAUGUGAUCGAAGACGUCAGAGGACGGUUUGGCACCGAGGACUUCCAGGACAGCGGACACCUGUACAGAUUUCCUCUACGGUCGCCCCUGAAGACGGUUCCUGUGCGCCCGCCAGUCCCAGACCUGCAGAUACCCACGAUGCCCUGCUGGGAAGAGGAGAAGGUCCCUGCAACACGUCUGCUGGGUUCAGAGUCAUGGAAUAAGCGCCACAGCAUCGCCAUCGGGGAGAUCCCGGAACGCCGGCUGACCCAGCAGACAGAAAUAACCCAGAGACAGCUGGAGCACAUCUGGAAGAAGAGGACGCUGAUGCAUCUGCAGUGUGUUCUGGGUCUGCAGUCUCUGCAUGAACUCCUGGAUGUCGCUCUGAUAAACCCGAAACACAUCGUCCACAACGUGUGCGGAGUCAACAAGCAGAACAUCGUCAUCCUGAAGAGCAGAUCAGAGGAUUUGCCUCACUGGUUUUGUCAGCGUGAGAGUCUGGCGAACUGGCCUCACGGUGGCGACAGCAGGAACUGCAUGUACCCUGGGUUCGAGCGAGACGUCUUUAAGACCGUGUGUGAAUAUUUCCAGAGUCUGCAGGAGCCGCUGCUCACCUUCCGGCUGUAUGAAGCCUUCGUCAGUGUUUUAGGGCUCCUGCAGUACCAGGCUCUGGCUGUGGAGGCGCUGCAGGUCUGUUUCCUUCUGCCUCCUGCUAAUCGCCGUAAACUGCAGCUGCUGAUGCGUCUGAUGGCCAAAGUGUGUGUCAACGCUUCCCUGCCACCGCUAAACGACACCAUCAGCACUCGAACACUGAUGGUGCAGACAUUCUCCCGCUGUGUCCUGCGCUCUGCUGCUGAUCUGGAUCUGGAUGAUCUGCUGUCCUCUAAGCUUCUGGUGUUUCUGCUGGACCACGAGGAGCUGCUGGAGGUGCCGGCGGGCCUGCGGAGGAGUGUGGAGGAGCAGAUCACACAGCUCACACGCACACAGAUCCGGCCCGCGGGCUCAGACAGCGACUCUUCUGCGGUGUACUGUUCUCAGAUCAGCUCUCAGCAGUUCGAGCAGCAGCGAGUCUCAGUUUCCCACAUGGAGGAUCUGCUGGAAAACAUCAUGAAGAUCAGCAGCGGCCGCGAGCGCAGGAGGAGGCUGAAGCAGUUCCAGAGAGUUCAUCCAGAGAUCUACAGCAGACGCUUCCCUGCGGACAGAGAGACCAGAGCGAGAGCCAAACCAGCCAUGCAGAUGCUGAAGAGCCGCUUCCAGAGGAGCUGGAGCUUCAGGAGCUGAUCUCACAAAACACACACACACACGCUACAGACAUACACUACAGACACGCAGUAUAGACACACACACACAGACAGACACACACACACACGAGGUGGGUAGUAACGAGUUACAUUUACUUGAGUAAAAUUGUUGGGUAACGUGUACUUUGACUCUUACUCAAGUAAAUUAUUAGAGAUUACUCAUUACUCUACAUGUGGCGGUGUUUCUCCGUUACUGUCAGAUGAUAAUAUAUCUAUGAUUGUUUGCAAAUAUCACGAGGAGCCGCAUUGGAGAGGUUGUGAGGUUGCUAUAGAGACGCGUCUCCCGCUUUGGGUUAGAGCACGUGUUGGAGUAAUGGCUGAAGUUUAGGAAGACAUGCGAGUUUAUACUGCUGUCCCGCCAUGGCCAUCUGCUCUGUCUGCUGUGAGUUUAUCAGACCAGAUCACCCGCUCUCAAGUUCAGUCUAUGUUUUUACUCCAACAUGUCAAUAAGAAUAGUUUGAUAAUGCGACACACAUCGAACUGACAUCGCAACAUACACAUGAACUACAGCUCUAACCUGAAAACACACGCAGUGUAAGUGUCAACAUUAUCCAGAUUUAGACCUUAUUAAUAGUAACGAUGGGAUAACUAAAGAUACUGCUGUUUAGUGGAAUAACUGAUUGAACCUGCACACAUUAGUCAUUCACACGGUUAACCAUUAAAAAUAGAACAUUUAAACAUUAUUUUUUAAACAUAAAAUGGUAUAUAUUAUUAUUAUUAUUAACAGAAAGAUUUUAUCAACCCAUUUCUACAGUUUAAAAUACUCAUCUCUAUUAUAACUGAUUUCUUUUCUUUUUGCCAUGAUGAUAGUAUAUAAUAUUUUACUAGAUGUUUUUUAAGAUACUAGAAGAGACCUUGUUCUGCCCCUUAUAUCAAACGCCUUGCUUGAUUCGACAGAGAGAUAACAUCUUCCAAUGACAACAGACUCCAGGGAUAGUUUGAACCUUUUACUGUUGAUUAUGGAGUAACGUAAAACUGCAAAACAUACAAAAUACAGAAGGGUAAGUAUGCUAGAUCAAUAACAAGCACAAUCAGCGCAUUAUGCAAAAUAGACCACUGGUUACACACUUAACCGAAUCAUAUAUGUAAUACAAUAAGAACAAAUUAACAUCUUGAAUGUAUAAUGACAUGAGUAUAGUGUAAGCAUAAAUAAACUUCAGUCAAAUUAUGUUUAAAUAACGUCUACAUACCGAAUGUGUCUUCAAUACAACUUACAUCGAGGAGUAAACGAUAGCUACAGCCUUGUGCUCUUCCAUGCAGCUUCUGAAUACCUAGGCUCACAUUUAUGAUGUCAUGAAAUAAGGACUCUAACAUAAAAUGCAAUACCCAUGUAUAACCAGGAGGUGUCGCUAAAUGACCACUUAAUCCUAGCUAAACGUAAAAUGUCUUGAUAAGACAGCACAGACAUUUAAAGGCUUAACCAGGUUAAUUUGACAAGUUAAUAGUUAGGCUAAUCAUUAAUGAUGGUUUGUUCUGACAAUCAAAAGAAAUAUUGCUGAAGGGGGCUAAUAAUAUUGACCUUAAAAUGGGUUUAAAACAAUAAAAACUACUUUUAUUUUAGCUGAUAUAAAACAAGUAACACUUUCUCCAGAAGAAAAAAUAUAGGAAAUAUUGUGAAAAUUUCCUUGCUCUGUUAAACAUCAUUUAGGAAAUAUUUGAAAAAGAGCGAAUAAUUUUUCCUUUA